AUGGAGACCCCCGGGGCGCCCGCCAGGAUGCACCGACCCCCUCGCCCCAAACCUCGCAGAGAGCAUCGGGCGAAGCACAAGCAGCUGGCCACUAAAUUCGCGCCCGAGCGCAAGCUCACGCUCAGCCACAUCUACCAGUACGUGGCCGAGAACUUCCCCUUCUACAAGCGCAGCAAGGCGGGCUGGCAGAACUCCAUCCGCCACAACCUCAGCCUCAACGACUGCUUCCGCAAGGUGCCCCGCGACGAGGACGACCCCGGGAAGGGAAACUACUGGACCUUAGACCCCAACUGCGAGAAGAUGUUUGACAACGGGAACUUCCGCCGCAAGCGCAAGCGGCGCUCGGAGCCCAACGCGCCCGCUCCCGCCGGCGGCCUCAAGGCCGAGGAGGAGCGGCCCAUGGCCAGCAAGCCGUGCGGGAGCAGCCCGCCGCCCGAGCUGGAGCCGUCGCCCUCGGCCAGGGACCACCCCAAGACCUCCUCUCCCUCCGGCAUCAUUUCAUCGACGCCCAGCUGCCUCAGCACCUUCUUCAGCGGCAUGAGCUCCCUGAGCGGCGGGGGCGCCCGCCUCGCCGCGGGGCUCGCCGGGGACCUGCACCACAGGAACUUCUCCGCUGGGCAGCUGAGCAGCGGCACGUUCAGCGCUUCCAGCGCCUCUUCCCAGGAGGUGCCCUCGCCCGAGCAGCUGCAGCGCGUGGCGGGGCCUUCCCCCGCCUACUACAGCUCCUUCCACCCCAGCAGCAGCAGCAGCCAGGGAGCCCAGUUCAACCACUACUACAACUUCACCGUUAACAGCCUCAUCUACACCCGGGACGGCACGGAGGUGUAG